AUGUAUGAUACUCAGAAGUUAACACAAUUCAUGGAUGUGUGUUACUCAGACCGUUAUCGCAAUUCAUGGAUGUAUGAUGCUGAUAGCGUUAAUCACAAUUCAUGGAUGUAUGAUACUAGACGUUCUCACAAUUCAUGGAUGUAUAAUGCUGAGAGCGUUAAUUACAAUUCAUGGAUGUAUGAUUUUCAGACCGUUAAUACAAUUCAUGGAUGUAUGAUACUCAGACCGUUAAUACAAUUCAUGGAUGUAUGA